CGUUUCCUGGGCAAGGCCAGGGUGCUGUACUUAAAUGGGGCGUAGCUGCAAAGGGACAUCACUGUUGUUCCUCGUAGCGGCUCUCUGCCUGUAUCACGUCACAAAAGGGUACGAGGAAACUCUUGAAGAUUCAGGGUUGCAAUUGGCCGGACGCAGCCUGCUGGAAAAGGAGCUUCCAAAUGGCACAUUCAGUGUCUUUUCAGCCCUCCAUGACCCCAAGUCAGGUGAAGCGCGCAUUUAUGCCGAGGUGCACCCGGACACAGUGUGCUAUUCGGUCGCCGCCUGUCAAUUCAGCGUGAGGGGCGAAAACAGGGAGACGAUACGGGUGAAAGCCCGGGCCGAGGUGCCCUUUGCAGUGCUGAGCGACAAGCCGCAGCUGCGGGAGUGCUUCAUCUUCUGCAACCUGCCCGGGCCGGGCAGCGAUCUGGAGGAAGUCGCCAUCGAGGAUGCCGACGGGGAGGCCAUGGUCACAUGGCCUGUGGAGGAGGUGGAGCGGCUGCCAAAAGGGCAGGCCAAGGGGGUGGGAAUGUGCGUGGGGCCCAUUUUCUCAGAGACCCCCACAUUCCUGGACUGGCUGCAGUACUAUGCGGAUCUGGGCGUGGAUGGAAUUCACAUGUACGCGACAGUCGCAGAGUUCAUACUGCACCGCGACGACUACAUGCACAUGCCCGGCAGCCGCCGCUCGGUGCAAUUCCAAAGCCACCACCUGAUCACAUGGAGAGCCUUCCACCCCUCCAGAUGGUCCCAGCACUACUACGGCCAGUGGCUAAUCUUCAACGACUGCGUAUUCCGGACGCGCAACAUAUUUGAGUUUGUCAUGUUUCAUGACCGGGACGAGUUCGUGCACAUUGUUGGCAUGGACAAACCACGUCAGGUGAAAUUAAAGCAAUUUUUUGAAAAGCAGUUUGGAGCGCCAGACGUGGCCUCGGUGGUGUACUGGGGAGGCCUGUAUAAGAUACACUGCCACAUGGUCAAGGUGGGGAAGAUUGGGUCAGGGGGUUUGGCGCACGGGGAGGUGGAUUAUCAGGCCUUCCAGGGGUAUGAUGUGUGGACUACGGAUCCGCGCACGCCAAAUUUUACGGGGUGCAACUGGAGAAACUGCCAUCCCAAGAGCGUGGUGCGGCCUCUGGCGGUGGAUAUAAUGAGCGUGCACCAUGUGGGGCGAAUUAGGGAGGGGUUUAUACAGGGGGAUCCGAAGCUGCUGCCACCCGAGGUGGUAUUUAUUAAACACCUGCGCUGCUCGAUCCGAGUAAACACCUCUGACUGGGAGACGGAUCUGAGCAAGUCCCUGUGCUCUGUGGAGGACAUAGUGAAGCCGGACAACCGGUUUGGGGGCGUUCCUGUCUGCCCCCUGCAUGAAAUCGAAGCUGUACGCAAUAGCAGCUUGACAGAAAAAUUGCCGGCAUGAGGCAAAGAAGACCCAUAGAGAAAGUUGAGGAGCAGGUGAUCAAAACUGCGCUUGAUGUUCGACAGGAGACAUCUCUUAUGUUCAAAUUGGAAGAAUCCACUCGAAUUUUUCACUUGCAAGGAUAUGUGGCGACAUGCUCAUCAUGUGACAUUGAUUGCAGAUGUGCCUGUUACCUUCUUGAAUCAUAUGCCUUGUAUGAAAAAGGGUGCUUAGAGGGACAUUACCCGCUGUUCCACUGCAGCCAGCUUCUUGUCAUGCAAGAAAGAUGUGUGCAAGGUUGCUGACUGCCU